AUGACAUCCUUCAAGGCAUCCCUGCGUGGAUCAGGCGUGCUGCCGCGGCUGCUGCGCGAGAUAUUGGAGACGCGCUUUAUGGUCAAGCGCGCGAUGAAGUCAGCGCUGCACCGCACGCUCAACGACCGGCAGCUCGGCCUCAAGCUGGUGGCCAACGUCACGUACGGGUACACCUCCGCCUCCUUCUCCGGGCGGAUGCCGAACGCUCACCUCGCAGACGCCAUCGUGCAGACCGGGAGGGAGACCCUCGAGGCGGCGAUCGAGAUGGUGCACCAGCGGCGCGAGUGGCGUGCGCGCGUGGUGUACGGCGACACGGACUCGAUGUUUGUGCUGCUCGAGGGUCGGUCGGUCGCGGAGGCCUUCGCGGUCGGCCGCGCGAUAGCCGAGGCGGUGACGGAGAGGUGCCCGCACCCGAUGGAGCUCGAGCUCGAGAAGGUGUACGCCGCGAGCAUGCUGCAGGCAAAGAAGCGGUACGUCGGCCUCUCGUACGAGUCGGCCAGGCAGUACGAGCAGCACGUCGCCGGCGACGCGUCUCGCGCGCCCGCUCUCGACGUCAAGGGCCUCGAGGCGGUGCGGCGCGACGCGUGCCUCGCGACGGUCAAGGUGAUGGACCGCGCGCUGCGGCUGCUCCUCACCACGAAGGACGUGUCGGCCGUCAAGAGCUACGUGCUCCGGCAGUGCGACAAGCUGUGGACGGGCCGCUUCCCGCUCAUCGACUGCGUCUUCGCCACCGAGAUGAAGGGCGGCGCGCAAGACACCUUCGGGUACAAGUCGGAGGGCGUGGCGCCGGGGUCCGGCCAGGCGGCCACCACGCGGCUGCGCGCUGUGUCUGGGGAUGUUGCGAUCCGCAGGCAGAGAAUCGACCCGCGCGACGCGGCGGAGAUGGGGGAGCGGGCGUUCAAACUGCGCGAGUCGGCGCGCCGCCCCGAGGAGCUGCUCCUGCACGAGCGCGGCCUCAAGAUCGCGGCGCACUACUACAUCUUCAAGGGCAUCCUGCCCGCGCUCAACCGCAUCCUCGAGCCGAUCGGCGUCGACAUGAAGCGCAACAACGUCCCUCUCGCGCUCGACCGAGCGGCGCCCGUCAAGGCGACCGGCCCGCGCCGGACCAUGCACCAGUACUACCACUCGGAGCACUGCGUGCUGUGCGACGCCCCCGCGGCCGACGGCGCCGACCUCUGCGCCGCGUCCUUUGCCCGGCCACUGAUGGACCAAACGACGCGUCACUGCAUGCGCUGCACGGGCGAGCACGAUCGCGACAUCCGGUGCGAGGCGAUCGACUGCCCCGUGCUGUACGCGCGGCUGAGGUACGAGCGGCAGGGCCACAACGCGAGGCAGCAGCAGGCCGCCGCGGUGCGGGCGCUGCAGUGGUAA